UACCAUCCGCCGUAAAAUAUAAGAAGAAGAAGUGGGUUUACGGUGGGACGAGUCUCGCGAUAGAAGAAAUCACGGAAAAACAUGGCAGCGCUGUAUGAAGGAUACACGUUGUGUGGAGUUGGAGCAGUGCAAAAUUCCUCUAAUAUUGGGAUUCUGGGAGUUGAACAGGGUAGAGAUAUCGACCAUGUUCUCGUCACUGACUCUUCGAGAUGUAUUACCAUUUAUAAGGUGUCUGAUCAGAGGGCUACGGGCAGUUGGUCAGUGAAACAGGGACAGAUAAUCUCUUGCCCCGCUGUGUUUAACACGCAGUCUCAGGAAUAUGUGGUCGUUACAGAUGACAAGGUCGUCAGAGUUUGGAAAGAAGAUGAUGUCAACUUGGAAAAGGCUUUUAAAGCAACAGUUUCAGCUGACGUUCUCAGAGUGCUGUCAGCUACUGACUCGGAGCCGGUGGUGCUGUUUUGUUGUGGGGCUGUCAGGUUUCUGGACUUACUGCUUGCUUCCCCACAACAGCCCAUAGAGCACGUUUUGGCAGAGGAUGAGAUUAUCAGGUGGAGCACUAUCGUUAAGGCAGAGCACCAGCUUGUCAUUUUGUUCAGCACAGAACAGAGAGGAGAGCACUGCCUGUAUGUUCAGAGAUUUAACCCCAACACUCUUGUGAAACACAGAUUUGAGACUGAACCUUGUCUCUCUGCACCUAUUAGCUUCUCUGCCACAUGCAGGGGUAGUAACAUACACCUGUUGUACUUAUAUUUGAAUGGCAGUGUGUAUGAGAGUGUGUUGCCACUCAGAAGUUCAUCUACCGGAGCUGAAGGUGUCCUGGCUCUAUCUCGCUCCCUAUGUCUCAGUCUUCCUCUUGGGGAAGAAAAACUGAUGUCUGGUGCUGUUGUUGUGCUUGAUGAGGCUCAUGUAGCUGUGGUUGGAUUCCCCCACCCGUCUGCUGGAGCUUGUAAAGAUUACCUUUGCAUCUGGAACACACAUUUCCAAACUCUUCAGGCUUGUAAAGAAAUGGCAGGAAGGAUCUAUAGUCAGUUGUGGUGUUAUUCUGGGAAGCUGUACAUCCCUCAUGGGAAGAUGCUGUCAGUAAUUCCUUUUGAGUGCCAGAAGUCAUCUCUCGCAGCUGCCCUGGGAAAACUGAAGCAGACAAGUCAGAGUGCAGAAUCCAAAUCAUGUAGCUUUGUGUCAUCUUGGACCGCCCAGACUUAUAGUGACGUCACACAGACAACAGAAAUCAAGAGCAGAAUGGCAACCAGAAAUAAUUCUAAUGUGAAGUCAGUGGAUCAACUCAUAGAACAUAUUAAGACCAGUGCGGUAGAGGAUGUACAAGCAGAGGUGGGUGAGUUUAUUCGUCGGACUCCCCAGGCUGACCUACAGCUGGCAGUAGGCAGGGUGGCAUUAGAGCUAGUGUCAAGAUCCCAGACAGAUGCCAACUUCUACCCUCAGUGUGUAUUUCUACAGCUGCUGGAGACUCGGUACCUCUGCUACAGUGUGUGCCCUGAACUGCUCUCAUUGGCCAUGGUGAAGAAAGAUUUACAUCUCUGUCAGAUUGCUUUCCAAAUAUUUUCUGACAUUCCUGAAGCAGUCACCUGCGCUUAUCUCAAAACUAUUCUCAGUACUUCAGACUCUGAGAUGGAGACUGUGAAUCUUGACACAGACAGUGUAAUGUUCAUGAAAGAGCUGACUCGGGCACAAAGUCGAUCAGAUGAGGAGGGUGGGCAGCUGAACGGCUUCUGCUCCCCAGCACUAGAGAGUGAUGUCUCUGAUACCCUCAGCAACAAGCUACAAAGAGAUCCCUUAGCACUGGAUAUGAGCUGUCCUGUGGGGUUACACAAGGGUGCCCUUCUAAAUGAGGUUCUGCAGACAGCGUACAGUGACAGACCCCUGCUGCCACAUCUAAAAGAUCUCACGGUUCCACAGGUCAUAGUCUUUUUACAGUAUCUAAGGUUCCUUUAUUUUAAAUAUUGUCAUGAUGCUCACAAACAAAUCCGAGCUUUACGGACCCCAAGUAUUUCUCAGAUCAUAGACUGGGUUUGCUUACUACUAGAUGCUCAUUUCACCGUCUUGGCUGUGGCACCAGAAGCCAAAAGAUUGAUCUCUGAUCUUCACAAGUUUGUGAGAUCACAGGUAAAACUAUAUGCUGAACUGGGCAAAAUUGAGGGAAGUCUUCAAGUGCUUAAUUCCAAACGGUCUGAAGAUUUUGGCAUGUACGCCAUACAAGUAAUUGAGCUCUUUUAGAUUACUUGCGCAGAUUGUUUUAUAAAAUGCUGCUGUGCCCUGUUUUGUGUCUGUUUUUGACUUUUCUUGGUUUGUUUUUAGAGAAAAUAAGUUUGAAAUUCUUUCAGCUUUUUUAAAUUACCCACACCCCCCGCCCCCCACAAACACACACCAAAAAAAAAAAAAAAAAAAAUUGUGAAAUGACUGAAAUAAAGCUUUGCAGAAUAUCA